UCAUAACUCUUAAAGGGACCUCAAAUAUAAAUCUUAUCAAGCUAAAUUAACCAGAUCAAAAAUAUGAUUCAGGGAAUCUAGACUAAUCAAAGUCUAAAACCCUGUAGAGGAAGAAGAAGACCACGAUGAAACUCAGUGAUUUAUCAAAGAAAAGUUAAAGCAAAUACAUGACAGGUUUUGGAUGAUAAACUCCACAAGAACUGUCAUAGCAUUAGGGAGAUAUGAGGUUGAUUAAGGGCAGUUCACCAACAACCCACAUCCGUUCAUAAAAAGGCUCAGGAUGGAAAAUAGCAGCCAAGUAUUCUUGGUCUGGGCUGCCCUCAUGUUUGUUGCUUGGCCUUCUGAUGUUCUUGUUGGAGAGUUUGUCAAGACACUUCCUGCAAAGUCUCUCCUAAGGGCUUCAGAUACAUUAGUGCAUGGUUUCAUCGGAGCCUUCUCGUGGCAGCUGAUGUGCCUGCUCUGUCCUGCCUUGGAAUUCAACGUAACAUAUCAAGUCUCUCGCUUGGUUUCAGGUCGUUCCUUCUUUGAUGGAAAGAAUACUGCAUCCUUUGUCAACAGUUUGUUAAACUUUGGCCUGGCAUUUGCACUGUCCUGUAUAAUAGAUGUUGAUCAUGUAUUCAAGGACUUGAUACAGUCCAUACAAGGAGGCCCCAGAGCACCUUGGGAGAGAGGAGUGCUUCACCUGUCACUGCCGCCCCUCGCGACAGUGCUGCUCCUCUAUUCUACAGCCAUGAUAUUUAAGCAACUCUGGUGUUUAAAGUGUGGAACCAUCAUUAUAGCUAGUAUAUUGAGUCAUCACAUACGAGAUGGAAUACGCCGUGGGCUGUGGUUUCAGCCCAUUGGUACAACUCCAGUCCUCCCCUACUGGUUGUAUGUUGUUAUAACAUUAAUAUUACCUUUUGCAGUGGGAGGGUUGGCAUCAAGACUCUCUGCAUGGAUAACAGCCUCACAACUAGUCCCUAAUAAUAGUUUUGUGCCUAAAACCUACAUUAUAUAGUUUGAUAUAUCUUAGUAUAUAUUUAUAUUUAAUUACUUUAGUAUAUAUUUAUAUUUAAACAUACACAUAUAUAAACAGAUAUAUAUAAACAUAAUAUUAAAUGUUAUUUUUAUACAUGAAUCUUAUAUAUGUAUUUAUUUCUUCAUUCUUUUAAUGAAUACUCUAGCACCUAUAUCACCAAAUACCUGAAAAUGCUAUGCAAAGAAAAUAAAAUACAUAAUCACUCCAAAAUUAGCAUCAUUUUUUUUUUUCCUCAAGAUUUUCUGGCUAUAAAGGCUAGUAUCUUGAAAAUGCCUUCGCUCAAUGUAGUCAAAUCUUGAUCACUAUAUCCUUUCCUUAUUUAUUAACCCAUUCGCCCCAUG